GCCUCCUCUGCCGUGUCACCGGAGAUAAAAAGAAAAAAAAAGAAAAAAAAGAGGAAGGAAUAUGGUUUCGUGUGACGCUCCUCCCGUUUCAGCAGCACUGCUGUAGCGGAUCUGUAGCACGAGCAGGAGGCUGGGGCUCGGUCCGGCGCAAACCCCCUUUAUACCUGAAACAACCGCCUUCCCCGUUACCGAGCAGGCUGCAGGAGCACUACCAGCACACCGGGACACAUAAAUGGUGGAAGCCGUGGUGGAGUUUGAUUAUGAGGCUCAGCAGGACGAUGAGUUGAGCCUGACGGCGGGUGACAUCAUCGUGAACAUACGGCGAGAUGAAGGAGGAUGGUGGGAGGGCGAGCUGGGUGGACGCAGGGGGCUGUUCCCCGAUAACUUUGUCAGGGAGAUAAAGAAGGAGGGGAAGAGGGAUGGAGGACAGGCAAGCACAAUCAGACCUGACCUCGCCAACGGCAGUGCUAGCCCCGUGCUGGACUCCACCGUACGACCAGGCAGGAAAGGAGAGCAGAUCCGUAAACGAAGAUGUAAGGCUGCGUUUAGCUACGUUCCUCAACACGAAGAUGAGCUGGAGCUGAAAAUAGGAGAUGUGAUUGAGAUCAUAGCAGAGGUAGAGGAGGGCUGGUGGGAGGGAGUUCUUAAUGGGAAGACUGGAAUGUUUCCCUCCAACUUCACCAAAGAGAUCCUCACUGAUUCAGAGACGCCCUCUUUGGACUCGCAGGAGGAGAACCGCAGUGGACGCACAAAUAAGGACAGCCCAAGCAGUGAAAGCGACGGUGGGGACAGUCGGUCAGAAACAGGGUCAGAAAUCCCUCCCAAGAAGGGUCAGCUCAGAGGGUUUGGCUUUGGUAAUAUCUUUAAAGACCAGCCCAUCAAGCUCAGGCCUCGCUCAAUGGACGUGGACUCGGAGGUGGACAAGGCCAGCGACGGGAAAGCAGCGAGCGUUGCAGUUGAAAGCAUGAAGACUGAGCCUGACAGCAAAAGCAAAGGGCGGGAGCAGUGUAAAGUCCUCUUUCCAUACGAAGCACAAAAUGAAGAUGAGCUGACGAUCAAAGACGGGGACAUCAUAAAUAUCAUUACUAAGGAUUGUGCCGAUGCAGGCUGGUGGAUGGGGGAGAUCGGGGGAAGGCAAGGUGUCUUCCCAGACAACUUUGUCAAGCUGCUAGAAGUUGAGAAAGAGAGACCAAAGAAACCGCCUCCUCCAAGUGCACCGUCGGCAAAACACACCACAGAGAAAAAGUCAGAGGUCAGGAAGGCUCCUCCUGAGCGGCCUGAACAUCUUCCCCAGAGAGACCAGGAUCGAGGUGAAGAGGUGAAACUCGGAGACCUCUCUAAGCCCACCCUCCCAUCUCUCCUUCCCAAAAAACCCCUCCUUCCAAAGUCAAGCGCCUCCUCUUCCUCCCAACCCCCGCGGCGUCCCGAGAGACCGCCCACACUAGCGUGUGAUAGCCCCAAAUCUGAGGGCGGGGCUUCGAUACCAGAUUCUGCCCCUGACAGGUCACAUGACACCGAUAUGGAUCUGGACGCAGUUGUCUCUUCUACAGAGAAGCUGAGUCAUCCAACGGCAUCGCGACCACGAGUCACGGACCGCCGACCCCGUUCACAGAUCAUCACACCAUCUUCUCUGUCCUGCACUGACCUUGACUCACCGAUAGUGGAGGUCAGGAAGGACAAGGAGCGAGUGAAGGACAAUCAUGAGUCUGUCUCCACCAGAUCCGUAGAUGUUUCCCUGAGGAAAGGAGUACCCACCAUCUCUGCUCCUGACAGUAAAGUACCACUGCCUGCCAAGCCCUCUAUCCUGAACCCGCCAAACUCCAGCCAUCGAUCCGCCUCUCCGUCUUCCUCCUCGGGUCUGAGUCCCUCACCCGAGCUCCGGCACUCACCACAAACACCCCUAUCUCUGGAGGAACUCAGGAACCAGCUGAGAGACCUGAGGGCCUCCAUAGACCUGCUGAAGAGCCAACAUAGGCAGGAGAUGAAGCAGCUGGCCACCGCACUAGAUGAGGAGAGGACGAUUCGUAUUAAUUUACAGAUGGAGGUAGAACACAUUAAGAAGAGCCUUUCAAAAUGAAGACUAAAGCAUCGUUAUUGUCACAUUCUUAUCACCACAUUGGAGGCCAUCCUUUGAAGACAUUCUCACUGCUGGUCUGAGACUCUUCAGCCAAAAGAAGUUUGUGCCAAAUGAUCAUCACAAUCAGCAACAGUUCAGCACCAUGGAGUCAGCCACCUUCUCUCCCCGACGCCGCCUUAUCCUGUGUUUACUUCUUUAUUUUUCUUCUAAAGAGGCUUCUCUGUUCAGUUUACUGCUAUUUUGUUGGAGCUUGCUGUACCACCGGUACUGACUGACUGCGCUGCAGUCUGUCGUUGCGUGUUGCCACGGUUACAGAACAAUGACACAGAGCCGGGGCUGCCGUGGCAACCUCACUGGUACUUCAUGUUUCUGUGUGAAAGAAACUUUGACCUCUGUAGCCCGGUCGGUUCAGACGACCCCUGUGCUGUUCUGCGUCCACUCUGCGGCCUUUGCCUCUUAUCUGUGUGUGUGUGUAUGUUUGUGCACUUGUUUUCCUUCCAUGUGAGGACUGUAGGCGUACGUACUGAAAAUGGGGACACUUUUGCAAAUGUAAAUUAGCCGCAUUUGCCCUGCAUUAACUUUCCUGAGAUGCACUUACCAGGUUUUCAGUGGGUAAACAAAGAGAUUCAGGGAGUCAGUCGGGGUCACAAAAAGAAAAGUGAGCUAUUUCUGUGAGAAGUGAUGUCACUAGUUCAAGACAGCCCUUGACUGGAAACAGAUAAAUUAUCUAAUGGCUUGCAAAGUUUUUUUUCAUUUAUUAAAAUUAUUACGUGCCAGCGAUACAAUUUCCCAGGACAACAUUCAGGUGUGGCAAACCACCUUGAGCAUCAGGUGAAAUAGGGCAUUUUGCAGCUACCAGUUUUUAAAAUGGGCCACACUCGUUUUUCUUAAUUUCUUCAUUCACAUCUUUAAAGUAUCAGCAGUUGCAGAACAAAUCCCAAAUCAGGGGUGCCAACAGUGAUGUCCCUACAGCUAGUUCUCUACCAAGUUUCAACUGGGCUGGGUAACCAUGAGACUUUAGUUCCAUUGAACGUUAGUAGUGUUUUUGGUGGAAAUGCAGCUAUUGUUGCAUUUACAGGAUCUUUACUUCUGUAAGGAUCAUAUAAAGAAGAUAUAUAUCUACUUGUACAUCUUUGCAUGAUUUACUUAAACUGUUUUUAGUCAUGCUCUAGUCAUGGCCUCUUUUCCAGUGAGCCCAUUCUGAUAUGACUGGUCAGCCUCCAGAAGCUGCUAGGGAGCCUGAGACCGUUUUCCUUUUUCUUUGUUUGUUUGUUUUCUCUAAAACGGUUGGUAGCAUUGUAAAUGGUGAAUAAAACACACCAUCAUAACAAUAUCUAAAUAACAGUAAACCACACGUGUGCCCUUAAAGGUUAUCAUUUGGAUUAAGAAAUAAAUUACGAUAAAAAUUAAUGCUCAGGCCAUCUAAGGUAGACUUCAGGUGCGUAAAUCUGAUGCCUCUGCCAUUCUCAGCAGCAUUCUCCUUUAACCACAGAUGUGACGUCUGUGUUUUCAAUCUGCAGUUGAACCUGGAAGCACAUCAGGAUACUGAAAAGCUUAAUCAAAGUAGCUGGCACGAUAAGUGCUGAUACUGUAGGUGCUAUUUACAGGAGUUUCUGGAUUUUUUGGGGGAAACAUAUAAGCAGAUGUCAGCACCAGGUUAGCUUAACUAAGCAUAAACACUAGAAUUUAGAGGUUAUGGAAGCACAGUAAAAUUACAAACACUGAAAACUUCCAGACAUUACAUCUGUUUUAGCACAUACUUAAACAAUGUAUGCCUAAUUAGCUGUUAAUAUGCCUUAUUUGCUAUGCACCAUUUAUUUUAUCCACAACUAUCUAUAAUUUCCAUGCCAUCAAACAUCACUUUCAUUUUGAAAUCAAUGCCAUAUGUGUUUUCACAAAAUCGUGAAAUAGUUUUUACACAACUAUUAUAAAUACUGUCAUCCUUCCUGUGGACAGCUGUUCACACACUUUUGGUGCCAGACUGAAGAAUAUUGGAAAAGAUGAUGGCAUAGUGUAGCAAAUUUUCUGAUGUCCUCUUUACAUCUCUAGCUUGUUGAAAAACUGAAAUGGGCUGACUUUGCUUAUGAUCAAAAACUAGCAAGUAAGCAACUUUUUCAAACUGUGUUUUUGUUACGAAUCAGUCCCACUAUAUGAUAAAUUAUCAUCCUGAAGAGUUGCGGCAUUUGUUAUCUUUGGAAAGAGGCCAGCUUACCCCUUCAUUUCCAGUUUUUAUGUUAAUAGGCUAACUAUCGUCUGCCUCCAGCUUUAUUUUUACUGUACAGGCAUGACAGCGGAAUGAAUCUUUCCAUCUUGCACUCAUUCAAAAUGCAACAAAAGCACAUUAACCCCAGAUGGAAAAUUAUUCCUGCAGUGUUUGGCUGCAAAUUGCAUUUUUAUCUGAAGAGAAAAAACACACUGAUCAACUUAUUGUGAUUUCUUUUCCAGGAUGGUUGAGCAUGCAUCAAGACGCAUAGAGACACAUCUGUGUGACAUUUAUCAAGUUAAACUCAAUGCCUUCUCUACGUAGAACUUACUAUUUAAUCUUUUUUUUUUCUUGUUCAGUUUCACUCACAUCUCCAGAAAGCUGACAAAACUGUUGCGCCGUUGGCAUCUCACUCCUAAAAACCAAACUGAGAGCCACGUGCUUCUCGUGUUUGUGGUGCUCUUUUGGCAGCAGGUUAAGAGUAACUUUAAAGACAGAGUUUGAGGAAUGUAGACAAUGAAAGGUCCUCACAUGUGUGUGCAUGUGUAUGUAUGUGUGAUAUAGCAUGUACGGCUGUUUGCCUCCUUUCCUUUUAUGUGCACAGAAUCUAUGGCAACCUGUCACUGUGGCCUUCAUGUUUUUGAUUCCAAAUCUUUAUUUCUUUUUUCUUUCUUUCUGUCUUUCGUAUGACAAAGAGAAAACUGCUACAACUGAGGCUACAAGUUGUUUUCUUGACUUGGUCCUUUCUCUCCAGGAUAGUGAUAAAUAUAUAUACUUUUAUAUUUCAGUGUAAUAAAGAUGCUAUUAUGUACUGUG